AUGUUGGAAGGUCUUGUCUCUCCAGAUAGCUUGUCCCUAAGCUCUAUGGACACGUCUGUACUUGAAAGGCUUAAAUGGCUGCAACAGCAGCAACAACAAGUUGUCUCUCAGUGCAGUAAUAGUUCACCUGAACUUCUUCAGAUGCUUCAGUUCCAUGGAAGCAACAAUGGUGAACUGUUGCAGAGUACUCUCAGCCAUUUUCAAAUGCUUGGAUCUGGUUUUGGACCAAACUAUAAUAUGGGGUUUGGUACUCCAAAUGAAGCUAUGGAUGGCUGCAUUUCAAGAACAAGUAGCUCCCAUAUGGAUCCAGUGGAUACAAUGGGGAUUAUGUUGAAGAACAGUGAUGAAAACAGAGCCAUUGCCUUGAAAAACAAGAGAAAAUCAGAGGUUAAAACAAGGGAAGAGGAAAAGACAGAGAAGAAGAUCAAAGUAGAGGCUGAGACAGAGUCAAGCAUGAAAGGAAAAUCAAACAUGAGUAACACAGAAGCAACUUCAGAAACUUCAAAGGAGACAUCGAAGGGAGCUUCAGAGAUCCAGAAAUUAGAUUAUAUCCACGUGAGAGCUCGUCGAGGCCAAGCCACGGACAGACACAGCUUAGCAGAAAGGGCGAGAAGAGAAAAGAUCAGCAAGAAGAUGAAAUAUCUGCAAGAUCUUGUGCCUGGAUGCAACAAAGUCACUGGAAAAGCCGGCAUGCUUGAUGAGAUCAUCAAUUAUGUUCAGUCUCUCCAGAGACAAGUUGAGUUCUUGUCGAUGAAACUCGCUGUCCUAAACCCAGAACUCGAGCUUGCCGUUGAAGAUAUAUCUGUAAAACAGUUUCACGCUUACUUUACAAAUCUUCCAGUAGUAGUUGCUUCAAAGCCAUCAAUAAUGGUUGAUAUGCCAUUGUUUCCGUUGGAUCAGCAAGGAUCUCUAGAUUUAUCGGUGAUAAACCCCAACCAAACAACAUCAGUUGAAGCUCCAUCUGCAAGCUGGGAAACUCAGUCACAGAGUCUCUACAACACAUCUAGCCUCGGUUUCCAUUACUAA